UGUCACCAGUGCAACAACUUGCAACGUGGUGCAAUUCGCAAAUCGCGGCGAGGGCAGUGAGACAGCGUCAGUGGCAGCGUUCAUUGACUGUUGUGUGUGGUGGUGCUUUGUAUGUGGCCUUCCAUCCAUCCAUCUUUGUUCCCUUGACCCUCCUUGCCCCCUCCUUCUUCUCUCUCUGUACGGGUUUGUGUCCCAACAUGACGCGCCGUGCUGUGGAUACGAAGCGUCGGAUUCUGCUCGAGUCGCAGAUCGACCGCCUCAAGAAGCACCAGUACAAGAGCAAGGGCCAGUCCAUUCUCGACCCUUACAUGAACGUGUUCUGGAAAUGGCUUGUUGAGCAAGUGCCCAUGUGGGUUGCCCCAAACCUGCUCACCUGGGUGGGUCUCAUGGUCAACGUCAUCACCACGGCGCUCGUCGUCUUCUACAACCCGAGCAUGGAAGAAGGCGUGCAGGUGCCAUCGUGGGUGUACGUGUUGUGUGCGCUCGGCAUCUUCUUCUAUCAGUCUCUGGACAACAUUGACGGCAAGCAGGCCCGCCGCACUGGGAGCGCCACGCCGCUCGGUGAGCUGUUUGAUCACGGCUGCGACUCUGUCUCCACCUCUGUUGUCGUCGUCGGCGUCCUCACCGCCCUUCAGGUUGGCAGCUCGCUGCUUGGAUUCCUGACGGCUGCGCAAGCCAUCUGCCUGUUCUACUUUGCCCACUGGGAAUGCUACGUCAAGGGCCGCGUUCACUUCAACACGGUUGAUGUGACUGAGGCCCAGUGGACGAUCAUCAUGGUGCACCUGCUCACCGCCAUCUUUGGCGAGGGCAUCUGGGGCGCUGAAGUCUUUGGUUUUCCCGCUCGCCAGUUUGUCCUCGUCCCAACGCUGGCUGUUGCUGCGUUCACCAUGGCGUCCUACUACAACUCCAUCUGGGAAGGCGGAUCAGGCCCUGCGAACACAUCAGCGGCGGCAACCGGCAUCCUGUCGCCCAUGACCGCUCUCGUUGCGUGGUGCCUUGGCGUCUGGCACAUGCACAGCCUCGAAGCCGCAAGCGAUCUGCCGGCCAUCUUCAUCCUCGGCGCGGGCUGCGCAUCCGCCAAAAUCACGUGCCAGCUCAUCGUCGCUCACAUGACAAAGUCGCCCGUUCCGCAGUUUGACAUUUCGCACGCGGUGCCGCUCCUGUCGUACAUCAGCGCUGGCGGCACGUUCUUCAUGGACGGCCACACGUUCCUCCUGGCUGCCUGCAUCUUCUGGUUCAUCGACCUCUGGAUUUACGGCAUCCAGAUUUGCCUCGACAUCAGCCAGAGCUUUGGCAUCAAGGUGUUCAGCAUCACCCCAAAGCCGCAGCCCGACGACGCUGAUGCGCACUGAUGUACACGAGUACGCAUGCAUGCACACGCACUCGCACACGCACAUACACGGCUACACGUGUACGUUUGCUUCGUGCAUUAACGUGCAUGCGUGUGAAAUGCAACAAACUGCCUCAUUUCUGUGUGUGUGUGUGUUUGUGAAAGUGUUUACCCGCACGCCGUUGAAGCGUUCGCCCUUCCUGCCAUCGUUCUCAGGCUUCAGCUUGUGUAUUCCAGUUGUUUUUGUCUUGUCAUUCCACACCACACCACUGUAUGCCAUUUCGCUUUUCUCCUCAAGCCACCACCACCACCACCAACAACAACAACAACACCUCUUUUAGCAUCGCGCUGUGUCGUCUUUGUCUCUCCAAUACACAACUCCUCUCUUCCAACAAUCACGAAAUGAACACGCAGCCGCAG